GUACAAAGUGGGCAUGUCCGUCUUCUGCAACAGUUUUGGGGCUCGUGCAGGAAGACUAGCCAACUCUCGCUCUCUGCAGCUGUUCCAAAACCGGGUUCGGGGAAGGAACGAUGAUCUGUCACGUGGGAGACGAAGAGCAAGCAGCCGCGGGGCAAUGAACGUGUUCGACAGAACUGCAAAGAUACGUCAGAAAAACAGAGCACACGCCAGUCCUGACGCACAGACCUACGACUACAUUCGGAACGAGUGCUGCUUCCCAGAUAGUGGACAGAGUGUGUGA